GGGCGGGGUCGCGAGGCAGCACGUCAGCCUGAGGCUUCCCGAGUCCCCGCCGCCGCCCUCCGGCCGGUCUGCGAGCGACAUCUGCAUCCGGGUCCGGAGGCCUCCCCCAGCGGGCACGAUGCCGAGGAAGCAGUGACCCGGAGAGAGGCGGGAGCGCGGGCGCCAGAAACUGCUGUCAUGUCCCAUCAACCACUUAGCUGCCUGACUGAAAAGGGAGACAGCCCCAAUGAAAGCACGGGAAAUGGACCCCCCAAUCUGGCUCACCCUAACCUGGACACAUUCACCCCAGAGGAGCUGCUGCAGCAGAUGAAAGAGCUCUUGACUGAGAACCAUCAGCUGAAAGAAGCCAUGAAGUUAAAUAACCAAGCUAUGAAAGGGCGAUUUGAGGAGCUUUCAGCCUGGACGGAGAAGCAGAAGGAAGAACGCCUCUUUUUUGAGAUCCAGAGCAAAGAAGCCAAAGAGCGCCUAAUGGCUUUGAGUCAUGAAAAUGAAAAACUGAAGGAAGAACUCGGCAAACUAAAAGGGAAAACAGAAAGGUCAUUUGAGGACCCCACUGGGGACCCGAGGGUCCCCAAGGCAGAAGCAGACCAGGAAAUGGAACAGCUAAAGACCCAGGUGGUGCGGCUUCAAGCUGAAAAGGCAGAUCUGCUUGGCAUUGUGUCCGAACUGCAGCUCAAGCUGAACGCAGGUGGCCCCUCUGAAGACUCCUUUGUUGAAAUUAGGAUGGCUGAAGGAGAGGCAGAUGUGGCAGUGAAAGAAAUCAAGACAAGUCCUGGGCCCACAAGAACUGAUUCCAGGGACACGAGCAGAUCUGUAGAAGGUGCCAGGAAUUAUUUGGAAUCCGAGGAAUUAACUGUGAGCCAGCUCCUGCUUUGUCUGAGGGAAGGAAACCAGAAGGUGGAGAGACUCGAGAACGCCCUUAAGGAAGCCAGAGAAAGAGUUUCAUAUUUUGAAAAGAAAGCCAACGAUCGUUCUGAGAUCGAGACGCAGACAGAGGGGAGCACAGAAAAAGAGACAGAAGAGGAGAAAGGCACAGAAACUGUUGGAAGUGAAGUGGAAGCCUUGAACUUGCAGGUGACAACCCUGUUUAAGGAGCUUCAGGAGGCUCAUACAAAACUCAGUGAAGCUGAGCUAAUGAAGAAAAGACUUCAAGAAAAAUGUCAGGCCCUUGAAAGGAAAAAUUCUGCAACCCCAUCAGAGGUGAAUGAAAAGCAAGAGCUUGUUUAUAAUAACAAAAAGUUAGAGCUACAAGUGGAAAGCAUGCGAUCAGAAAUCAAAAUGGAGCAAGCAAAUACAGAACGUGAAAAGUCCAAAUUAGCCACUCUACAGCUGACACACAACAGUCUUCUUCAAGAGUACAGUAAUAUACUGAAAACAGUUGAAGAACUAAAAAGGAAAGAGUCAGAAAAAGUGGAUAAGGUAGUGCUGCACGAACUACAUGAGAAGCUGGAACUGGCAGAGAAGGCGCUGGCCUCCAAGCAGCUUCAGAUGGAUGAGAUGAAGCAGACCAUCGCCAAGCAGGAAGAGGACCUGGAGACCAUAACAGUUCUUAGGGCACAGAUGGAGGUUUACUGUUCAGAUUUUCAUGCUGAAAGAGCAGCAAGAGAAAAGAUUCAUGAAGAAAAGGAGCAACUGGCAUUGCAGCUGGCAAUUUUGCUGAAAGACAAUAAUGCUUUUGAAGAUGGAGACAGUAGGCAGUCCUUGAUGGAAAUGCAGAGCCGUCAUGGGGCGAGAAUCAGUGACCCUGACCAGCAGGCUUACCUCGUUGAAAGAGGAGCUGAGGAUAGGAACUGGCGGCAACAGCAACAACAGAAUAUGCCAAUUCACUCUUGCCCCAAAUGUGGAAAACUCCUGCCCGACAUAGAUACAUUACAGAUUCACGUCAUGGACUGCAUCAUUUAAGUGUUGACGUUUCACCUCCCCAAACUGUCGGUAAAUGUCAGAGUUUUUUUCCUCCAAGAGUUGUACUUUUGUGUUAUUUGUUUUCACUCAAAUAUUUUGGCUCAUUAUGUUUGUUUCAGGAGAAAGAAACUCGACAUGCUCCACCUAGGACAUUUUUUAUGGAUUUCCAUAAACUCGCACAAAAUAGAAUCUUUAACAUACCGCUCUUUUAGUAGGUUCCUUUCUUAUUUAAUGUUCAGUUUAUGUGAGCACUGAACUGUUCAUGCUGCUAAUAAGUAUGCGACAUCAUCAGAGAGUAAAUGUAAUUAGAUGGAAGAAGUCUCACUGAUAAAUUUUAAGAACCUUAUAAGAAGGCAGGAGAAAUGAAGUGGUCACAGAUUUCAAGAAAAACGUCUUCGAAGUAUUUUUGAAAUGAAUUAUACUGUUUUUUCCAUCUUCUACUUAAAAAAUAUCUAUGUGUGGUUGUGUGUAUAUGUGUGUGGUAUAGUGUUACUGCAGCCACAGUGAUUGCACCAAAGUUAUGAUAUGGCUCUUUUCAUGUGAGCGUUGUGAGCUUUUACUUGAUCAUCAGAACAAAGGAAAAAAUACUGGCAUGAAGUAGAUACCUUAGACUUGCUGGAUUUGAGAUAACUAUUCAGAGUACAAAGAAGUUAUCUUUGUUCUUUCAUUAUGCUGUAGGUAUAUGGGCUUGUACAGUAAAGAGUUUAUUAAUUUCUAAAAAGUACAAUUGUUUCUUCAUUUUCUUCCUGGAUCAGGCAAUAUAUUCAUAAUCACAAAAACAGUUAUUGCAAAAUAAAAUUUUGCUUAUGAAUCUU